UUGGCCUCCGAGCUUCAUCGUCUACCUGGACACACACCCUUCGUCGCCGGUGGGCUUCCAACAGAUCGAAGAAAUGGCUGAUGUUGCCAAGGGAGGACCUAUUGUUCCAGAGUCUGUAUUGAAGAAGCAAAAGAGAAACGAAGAAUGGGCUCUGGCAAAGAAGCAAGAGGCUGAAGAGUCUAAGAAGAAGAGUGCUGCUAACAGGAAGCUGAUCUUUAACAGGGCCAAGCAGUACAGCAAGGAGUAUGAGGCUCAGGAAAGGGAGUUGAUUCAGUUGAAGCGUGAGGCAAGGUUGAGAGGGGGAUUUUAUGUGAACCCUGAAGCCAAGAUGUUGUUCAUUAUUCGUAUUCGUGGUAUCAAUGCAAUGGACCCAAAGUCAAAGAAGAUUUUGCAACUUUUGCGUUUGAGACAGAUUUUCAACGGUGUGUUCUUGAAAGUCAAUAAAGCCACAUUGAACAUGCUACACAGGGUCGAGCCAUAUGUUACCUACGGGUAUCCCAAUUUGAAGAGCGUCAAAGAGUUGAUUUACAAGAGAGGGUAUGGCAAACUUAACAAGCAAAGAAUUCCGUUAACUGACAAUUCAAUUGUUGAACAGGGGCUCGGAAAAUUCGGCAUAAUCUGCGUUGAAGAUCUUAUUCAUGAGAUAUUGACUGCCGGUCCUCAUUUUAAAGAAGCAAACAACUUCCUGUGGCCAUUCAAGCUGAAGGCACCUUUGGGUGGUCUAAAGAAGAAACGAAACCAUUACGUUGAAGGCGGAGAUGCCGGCAACCGUGAGGAUUUCAUCAACGAGUUAAUCAGGAGGAUGAAUUAAUUAGCUCGCGGUUUUGAAAGGGAUUAAUAGAUUGUUUACUUUUGUUUUUUUGAUCUUUGAGAGCUGAACACUUGCAUCUUUUAAGCCAUGAAAGAAUGUAACAUCAUUUAGAAUGGUCUUUUUUUAUAAUCUACUACUGUAGUUUUUUGACUUGC